GAAAUUAAGCUGCAGCAUCUAUAUAUCUAAUCUUAAUUAUAUAUAUUACUCUCUCCGAUCCCCUAAAUCACUGAAUCGAAACACAAAUUAAAGAUGGGUAGUGAUGACGAUGAGGUUGUUCUAUUGAGUUCUUACGUGAACGUGUUUACAACGAGGGCAAGAAUGGCACUUGCUCUCAAAGGGGUUCACUAUGAAUCCAAAGAAGACAUGGAGAACCAAAGCCCUAGCUCACUCCUGCAGGAAAUGAACCCGGUUCACAAGAAAAUCCCUGUUCUCAUCCACAAUGGAAAACCCAUCUGCGAAUCCCUCAUUAUUCUUCAGUACAUUGAUGAGGUCUGGAACCACAACUCUCCAUUGUUGCCUUCGGAUCCUUACAACAGAGCUCAAGCUAGGUUCUGGGCUGAUUUCAUUGACAAAAAGGUUGUUCUGUUGGAUAAAGACGUGAGCAUGUUCGCGAUGAGGCCAAAAAUGGCGCUCGCUCUCAAAGGGAUUCAUUACGAAUCCAAAGAGGAAGACUUGAUGAACAAAAGCUCACUCUUGCUGGAGAUGAACCCGGUUCACAAGAAGAUCCCUGUUCUCAUUCACAACGGAAAACCCGUUUGCGAGUCUCUCAUCAUUCUGGAGUACAUCGAUGAGGUGUGGAAGGACAAGUUUCCAUUGUUGCCUUCGGAUCCUUACAAGAGAGCUCAAGCUAGGUUCUGGGCUGAUUUCAUUGACACAAAGAUCUAUGAGUGUUUAAAGGCAUGGGUGCUUAAAACCAAAGAUGCAAAGGACAUUAAAGAAGAACUAGUGGAGAAGCUGAAGGUGUUGGAAGGGGAGUUAGGGGAAGAGGCAUAUUAUGGAGGGGAGAGGAUUGGGUUCUUGGAUUUGGCUCUGCUUUCAUACUACACCUGGCUUCUGACUUUUGAGAAAGAUACAGAGUUUAGCUGCAUGGAGACAGAAAUUCCAAAGUUGAGUGAAUGGGCCAAAAGAUGCCUGCAAAAUGAGAGUGUGUCCACCUCUCUUGCAGACCCUUUGAAGAUCUUUGAGUUUAUUCGCAGAUGAGGGAAAGGAUUGGCGUUGCUUAGGAUUGAAAAUUAAAUGUUAGUUGUAUGUUGUGUUGUACAAUCGUGUGAUCUUGUUUCGUGUUUCCCAGCAGGAUAUGAAUCCUUCUGCAAUAUCAUAUUACACAACACUUAUUCUUGUUAGAGUGGAUGAAAUGUAUUGUUUUGAUAAAUCUAGAUUUUCAAUUCCAACUAGACCUCCUAUUUUGCUA